CGGAGAAAAGCACACCACAUACCGUCUUCUGGGACAGAGCAUAUACGGACGCUGGGGUUAUUGGUCUAUAACACUAUUCCAGCAAAUUGCUUCUCUGGGCAAUAACAUCGCCAUCCAUAUCGCCGCUGGAAGCAGUCUCAAGGCGGUGUACAAGUACAAUUGGGACGGCGGCUUAACAUUGCAGGAUUUCAUCAUGUUCUUUGGGGCAUUUGAGCUGCUGCUGUCGCAACUCCCUGACAUCCACUCGUUACGGUGGGUGAAUGCGCUGUGCACCUUCAGCACCAUAGGUUUCGCUGGAACGGCGAUUGGCGUGACUAUUUACAAUGGGAAAAAUAUGGAUCGGAAGUCAAUCAGCUAUGGGUUUCAAGGAAACUCCUCCUCUAGGGUUUUCAAAGCUUUUAAUGCUUUAGGAGUAAUUGCUUUCUCAUUCGGGGAUGCGAUGCUGCCCGAGAUACAGAAUACUAUCAGAGAACCUGCAAAGAAGAACAUGUACAAAGGUGUAUCAGCUGCAUACAGCAUCAUCGUUCUGUCUUACUGGCAACUGGCCUUCAGUGGUUAUUGGGCGUUUGGAUCCCAGGUUCAACCCUUCAUCUUAUCCUCCCUCACUAUUCCGGAAUGGACAAUAGUCAUGGCACAUGUUUUUGCUGUGAUUCAAAUAUCAGGAUGCUUUCAGAUAUAUUGCAGGCCAACAUACGCAUACUUCGAGGAACGGAUGCUGUCCAAAGUUUCAAGUGAUGGCGUACGCCUUCGGAAUUGCUUGCGGAGACUGGCUUUCACUUCGGCUUACAUGGUUCUUGUCACUCUCGUUGCCGCCGCAAUGCCCUUCUUUGGAGAUUUUGUGUCCAUCUGUGGAGCUAUUGGAUUUACGCCUUUGGAUUUCGUCUUCCCGGCCUUGGCUUUUCUCAAAGCUGGAAGAAUGCCCAAGAACACGAGGCUCCGCCUUGUAGUGCAGGUACUGCAUCUGGCCAUUGCUGCAUGGUUCUCCAUAGUUGCAGUCGUUGGUUGCAUAGGUGCAGUAAGGUUCAUAGUGAUCGAUAUCAAGACCUAUAAGUUCUUUCAUGACAUGUGAUCUCUCACGGCGUUGAUUUCGCUACUGCACGCCUAGAGUCAGGUUUACCCUGAACUAAAUGUUCUAGUGCCUAGCGUUUUUUUCCACAUACAACAAGGACACCGUACUUGUACUGAUUUCACAAGCAUCACACAAUUAAUUAUCGUUGAAAAAAAUAAAAGACAAGAAGAAUUAUUAAAUAAUCUAUUUUA